ACAUGGGCCACAUACUGAGCUGGAUCCGAGGCCCACGGGACUCCCCGGCCCUGCAGGAUGUGGCUGUGGAGGAGCAGGGUGUGAGCAGUGGGUGGGUCUUUGUGUGUCCGACUGUCCAAUCUGACUGAGGCUGCUCUGUUGGCUUCGGGCUGAGGAGGUGGAGCCUGAGCAGCACAGGCUUGUUGUGCCUCUUCCAAGAGGGCGGAGCAGCAAGUUUUUCACCGCUGGGUGUGAGUGAGUGUUUGCGUGCGUGUGUGUGUGUGUGUGUGUGUGUGUGUGUGUGUGUGUGUGUGUUUUUGUGUCUGUAUGUGUGUCUACAUGUGUAUGUGUGCAUGCGUGUGUGCUCGACGGAAUCUAAAGUGAACUGGCUUCAAGAGAGCAUCUUGUUAGGAUACACCGCAGCAUAUAUAGAGGAUACACACUCACAAUCAAACCUAUGUCGCAGCCUAGCCAGGCCACACCCAAACCGGCAGCUCAGGUCUCCACCGUAAAGCCUGCACAGUUUGAGAAGGAAUCAUCAGGGUCCGCCAUGGCUACAAAGCCUGGAGUGGUUACCACAGGCGGAGCCACAGGAAGUGGUGUCACGGCAGGAGCAAGUACUUCAGUUGGGACAGCAGGAAAAGAGGCACAUAAAGCCAAACCAGAGACUAACACUACACCGGCAGGUGCUAUUGUUAUUGACAUGUCAUCUGCUGGGGCUACUGUUGUUGACAUGACAUCAGCAGGUGCGAGGGGCGGUCCUAAAGAGAUGCCGAAGACUGCAACUGUCUCCCAAGUCCAAGCCACAGCUACAGGUCCUUCUUCUGCUGCUGGAACAGCUGCAUCCGCUGGCACAGCAGCGACCACUGCUGUGACCAAACCUAAGGAGUCACCCAAAAAAGCAGCCAAGGUGCAAGUGGAGGUUCCUUCCACAGCAGCUACAGGAGCCAAAGAGGCACCUGUGGUGGAUCCGUUUGAUGCCCUGGCCAACAUACUGCCAUCAACUGAUCCCGUCGCACCCCCGCAGCCUGUAUACACCGGGCCAGAGGUCAAAGAGCAUGGCAUCACCGCUGAGAAGAGUCAGAAAUGUGGAGAAAGAGACGACACGCUGCCUCCAGGCUACAGACUUAAAGAUAUGGCUCCAGUUCCUGCAGAUGUUAAACCCAAGGCCGUUCCUAAACCACUGAGCACAGACGAGGCCCUGGAUUCCCUUUCAGCUGGAUUCAUGACUUCCACUGCUCCAGCUGCACCCAAGAAGCAGGAGAAGGUUGAAACUCCUGCAGCAGUUCCCCCUGUGGCCGUGUGUCCUGCUCCUCCUGCUGACAAGAAAGCCAAGAUGGAGAAAGUCUCCGAUGAUUUCUCCCUGGAGGCUGGACUUCCCUCUGCACCUGCCACGCUGCUAAAGAAAGCAGUUCCCCCUGUGGCUGUGUGUCCUGCUCCUCCUGCUGAUAAGAAAGCCAAGAUGGAGAAAGUCUCAGAUGAUUUCUCCCUGGAGGCUGGACUGGACAAAGCGGACACCAAGCCCAAGAAAGAUGAGGGUGGAUUCAUGUCUAUGGAUGCUCUCAGUGCUCUUGGUGACACGUUGGCACAAGAGGAACCAAAACCCAAAUCCCCCGAGCUCAGGCCUAAGGACAUCGUCUCAGAGGACAAACUCAAGAAGGAGAAGGGCGUGCGUGUAGGAGAGAGGGAGGACACACUUCCUCCAGACUACAGGUUUAAUAAGGAGGAACUCGAAAAACUGCCUGCUCCUAAACCUGAGCCCACCAUGGGCGCCGGUGAGGCUCUGGACAUUUUGUCUGGAGACUUCAUGACCUCCUCAGCGGCUCCUGCAGUCCAGGCUCCUGCUGUCACCCCCUCAGCCCCUCCCGCACAGAAAGCCCCUGCAGUUCCCCCUGUGGCUGUGUGUCCUGCUCCUCCUGCUGACAAGAAAGCCAAGAUGGAGAAAGUCUCAGAUGAUUUCUCCCUGGAGGCUGGACUUACGGCUUCGACUGCCAAGAAAGUGGAAUCCGCUGCCGGUCUCCCUGCUGAUAAGAAAGGCAACUUAGAGAAAGCUGCUGCUGGAAAGGACACCACUGUCCCUAAGCCCAAGACUGAUCAGGGCGACCCUAUGUCUAUGGAUGCUCUCAGUGCUCUUUGUGACACGUUGCCAGCAGACGUACCGAAACCAGAAUCCCCCAAACUCAGGCCUGAGGACGUCGUCUCGGAGGACAAACUCAAGAAGGAGAAGGGUGUGCGUGUAGGAGAGAGGGAGGACACACUUCCUCCAGACUACAGGUUUAAUAAGGAGGAACUCGAAAAACGGCCUGCUCCUAAACCUGAGCCCACCAUGGGCGCCGGUGAGGCUCUGGACAUUUUGUCUGGAGACUUCAUGACCUCCUCAGCGGCUCCUGCAGUCCAGGCUCCUGCUGUCACCCCCUCAGCCCCUCCCGCAAAGACCAAAGUAGAGGAUUUGUCAGCUCUGGAUUUACUCUCUGAAGAUUUUGUGGCUCCAACUAAAGCUUCUGGAGUUCAGGCAUCCAUCCGUCCUUCUACCAAGAAGGCACCAGAGAGAACAGUUUGUCCUCUGGAGCAACCCAGCUCAAUUGAUGUCCUACCUGCACAACUACAACAAGGGAAACCCAAGAUUGAGAAGGGCGACUUUAUGUCUAUGGAUGCUCUCAGUGCUCUUUGUGACACGUUGCCAGCAGACGUACCGAAACCAGAAUCCCCCAAACUCAGGCCUGAGGACGUCGUCUCGGAGGGCAAACUCAAGAAGGAGAAGGGCGUGCGUGUAGGAGAGAGGGAGGACACACUUCCUCCAGACUACAGGUUUAAUAAGGACAAACUCGAAAAACGGCCUGCUCCUAAACCUGAGCCCACCAUGGGCGCCGGUGAGGCUCUGGACAUUUUGUCUGGCGACUUCAUGACCUCCUCAGCGGCUCCUGCAGUCCAGGCUCCUGUCGUCACCCCCUCAGCCCCUCCUGCACAGCCCUCUUCAGACUUUGCCCUGGAUGCCUUGGCAGCAGACUUUGUUGCCUCCACUGCUGCUCCGACAGUGAAGUCUGCUGCUUGUGUGCCCACAGAAACUGACCCGCGGCUGGCAGCAGGAGCAGACAGUGCCCUGGAUGCUCUGUCAGACACCUUGAAGGGCAUCACACCCGGCCCUCAGCCCGCCCCGGUUCCUGCCAAAGACAUUGUCAAGGAGAAAAAGAUUGUUGAGGAGAAACUGAUUAAGAUGGGAGAGAGAGACGACACUCUGCCACCAGAGUAUCAGCCCACUGAGGAAGAUCUUAAGAAAAUGGCAGAAGCAAAGGCAAAAGCAGCUGAAGCCCCCAAGGAGAAGACCAUGGAUGAUAAUACAGCCUUGGACCUGCUGUCCAGUGAUUUCUCUGCUGCUCCCAAGCCUGCUGCACCGGUCACAUCAUCCGCAGCCACAGCAAAGCUGGAACCUCCUGCGGUGGACUCAGAGCCCCUGAAGCCAAUGGCCGGUCCUGUUCCGGACCCCUUGGCCGGCACCCUGCUCCCAGACGCCCAAGGGUUCAAAUCUAAAACAGACAAACCAAAGGGAAAGAGCAAGUCAAAGUCAAAGUCAAAAAAGCAACAUGCAGAGGAGCCAUCUGCCACUGACCAGCUAUCAGCUCAGCUAAGCUCAGACGUUGUGCCAACAUCCAAAAAGCGGGGAGGCAAGAGCUAGACCACUCGGUUGUCAUUGCAAUUUGUCCUCAAGGCCAUAGGGGACGCAACAGUGAGGGAGCUGCUCUCUGGAUAAUGAUUCUAUUUUUCUAAAUUGUCAAGAAUGUAUACUGGAUGAAAGAAAAAAGUUGACAGACCCAUAACACAUGCUCAACUCACACACACACACACACACACACACACACACAUGCUUACACAAACACAAACACACAGACACACAAACACAUCUGCGUGCAGCGCCUUUCUUGCUCGGUUUCACACAUAUCAAAGAAAGAAGCUUUUGGUUUCUGUCUUCUGAGAAAAUGAAAAGAAGACUUUUUAAAACAAGAUGGAUGUAAAGAACGAGUGAUGAGAAGACAAAGAAAGGAGGGGAAGUUUGGGGAGAGAGAGGAGCUUAAGACAUAAAAAAAAAACAAAAAAAACCAUUUCACCGGUUGCUGUGUUGAACAUGCUGGGGGAAGGAAGGCGUUGCUGGUCAGAGUCCUGCAUGUACAUCUCAGCUGACAGUUUCGAUUUUUCCAAUCACAACACACCAGUCAUCUUAGCCUGGUGGUAUUUUGUUGGUGGUUGGACUGACGGUGACUGUCAGCUUGCGUGGGAGCAGUGCGGAGUGGGUGUAUGGUAUCGGGAUGUUUGUGCAAUCUUGAUGUACACAAAGCUUUUUGUCAGUUUUCUAUCACGAUGUGGUCAGAUGCUAUUAGGACACUAGUGUACAGCUUAGUUUGCCAUUGUUUUUGAAAAGCACAUAGUUUACAUUAUUAAAUAUGUGGAUAAUUUCCAGGAGCUGUUUUGCUUAAUUCUGUAUCCGAGAGCUUCUUGCGAAUGCCUUUUACUUUCUAUCAAGAGAAGGGUCUUUUUAUGUAUUUGGCCUUGGAGAAAAAAAUAUUACUGGUGUCCAGAAGUGCACUUAGUGAACCAAGGUGGUUACAAGCUUUGUAACCUGCCAUUUUGUAUACUGUACAAAGAAGAUUAUUUGCUCUAUAUAAGACAACACUGUAUAAUUUACAAAGGGCUUUCAACUGUAAAGUCGAAUCACUAUAAUUUCCCCAAGGUUAUUUUUUAUUCUUUCUUUCUAAGUUUUUGUGUGGGUGUGAGUAGAAAGAUAUGAGAGAUAUUUUAGAUGGGGGAAGACUAAUUCAAUAAAAUAAAUCUAAAAAUUAGAAAAGGUGUAGUUGUUAUGGGAGGGUCUGGUUUUCUACAAUUUCUGCCUAAAAUAACAAAAGUUAACAUGAACUGCCUAAAAAAAAAAAAAAAAGAAAGAAAAAAAAAUAGCUAAAUAUAAAUCAAUAAAUGCUGUUUUCUUACAGGUGCAAGGGAAACGUGUAUUUAUUGAACUGAACGGGAACAGAAUCUCCGCUGAAAGUAUUUUUCUCUUCUCCCGACUUAGUGGUUUUUCAAUCUGCAGACAGAUGUAGCAGCCCACUUCCUUUCAAGUCGGGGGGCUUACAACAAAACAAAUGUCUUACGCUCAAACUUUAUAUUUCUGUGCCAAUACGCUGAAUGACUGAUGGGGAUGCAAAUGAGUGGGUUUGAUGUGUAAAAAAAAAUAAAAUGAGAAACCUAAAUAAAGAAAAAUACAAUUCA